AUGGAUCUCUUUCGGCGCGCCUACAAGCGCGUGCCGUCUGUAACAUCACAACUACCGACAAGCGAUGAAAAGGGCAAAUCCAAAUCGAAAGGCCUUGCAUCGCCUUUGGCAUUCUUGAAGAGGCCUCUCCGAUUAAAAGGCAAUUCCAGCAUCUCGGUGCCUCUGGGAGUAGUUGUCCUCUUCCCGUGCAUCGUCCUUAUCUUGAUUCUGGUCCUGUUCGUCAGACAUCCCAGCUCACCGGGCAGGAUAUUGAUGCCCGCUGGUGCGCCGCCGGCUAUUAGAAAAAUUAGCGAGGAACACGACAAGGUAUUCGUCACCGGAUGUCUCGAGCCCGACACAAGUAAGCCGCGAGCCAAUGGUGCCUUUGUGGUACUUGCCCGAAACAAGGAACUCGAUGGUGUAAUCCAGUCUGUCAAGUCCAUCGAGCGACAUUUCAACCGCUGGUACCACUACCCAUACGUUUUCCUCAACGAUGGCGAAUUCAACCAGACCUUUAAGGAUGUUGUCAAGAACUACACUUCGGGAGAGGUCGAGUUUGGCAAAGUCGGUCCUGAGAUGUGGGGAUACCCUGAAUGGAUAGAUCCCAAGAUCGCCAAAGAAGGCAUUGCCAAGCAGGGAGACGCCGCUGUCAUGUACGGUGGUCUCGAGUCUUACCAUUCCAUGUGCCGCUUCUACUCUGGAUUCUUCUACAAGCACCCUCUCCUCGCCAAGUACGAAUGGUACUGGCGCUUGGAGCCCGAGAUCAAGUACUUCUGCGAUAUCACCUACGACCCCUUCCUGAAGAUGAUUGAGAGCAACAAGACUUAUGGUUUCACCAUUGCCGUCAAGGAAUUGAAGGAAACUGUGCCCAACAUCUUCCGUUAUGCCUCUGCUUACAAGCGUCUCAACAACAUUACGUCUCAGGGUCUCUGGGAGAUGUUUGUCGAGCCUUUGGAGAAACCAAAGGUGUCAAAGCCUGAAGACGAUCCCAACUACAAGCCACCGUUGCCCGAAGAGAUCCUUCGCAGCGACCCUGGUGCCAACAGCCUGCCCGAGAUCGACCCUGAAGCUAUGGAAGGUGAAAAAUAUAAUAUGUGCCAUUUCUGGUCCAACUUCGAAAUUGCGAAGCUCAGCUGGUUCCGCAGCAAGGAAUACGAGGAUUUCUUCCAGAUGGUAGACCGAAGCGGUGGUUUCUGGAUGGAGCGAUGGGGUGAUGCUCCAAUCCACUCGCUGGCUGCCGGCGCCCUCCUUGGAGUCAAGGAUAUUCACUACUUCCGAGAUUUCGGGUACCGGCACACCACUAUUCAGCACUGCCCCGCCAACGCUCCAGCCCGUCAGCUUCCUCGUGAUCCGUUCUUGGAAAAGACCACAACCGAUUACAAGAAGCGUCAGGAGGAAGACGAGUACUGGGACCAGUGGGACCCGGAGAAGGAGAACGGUGUUGGCUGCCGAUGCCGCUGUGAUACCGACAUUGUUGAUGUCGAAGGCAAGGAAGGCUCUUGCUUGGCUGAGUGGGUCGAUGUUGCCGGUGGAUGGGCUAGCCCAUAG